CUGGUGCAAUAGAACUGAAAGGGACCAUGACGUCUUCAUCAAAUGAUGCCAAUAUGGAGGAAAUACCUUUGGAAGAUGAUGAGCGAGACAGCAUUGAAUACAGGAUCCUAAUGGCCUAUGCCCAGCGGCGGUUGUCUGCCGAUAAAUAUGGGAAACUUCUGCAAAAGGAAGCUAAUGUGCAGAAAUCCUUGUCCUUAAUCAGGAGAAGAGUGGAGACUGAAAAUCAAGAAAUAUUAAUUACCUUUUUUUUUCCUUCCCAAUCAGAUGAGAAGGCAAAUGUCGACCACAUUGCAGACAGGCUGGCCAAGCUUAUUACUUCCAGAUUUCAGCCAUCUCCUUCAGAGGUGUCAUUCAAGUUGUUUUAUAAUCAGAGUCCACAAAGACAAAGUAGAAGUGCUACUGAUGGAAGUAAGGAUGAAGAAAGUGAUGAAGAAAAGAUAAUACAAACAAUAGUUGCACUGUUAAGACAAUCAGGGGAUCAACUAGAAGAAAAGAUUGAAAAGGACCAGACUUUCUAUCAGUAUUUGGUAAAUAGGCUGUCCUAUGCCUUCUUUGAGGGGCUCAUUGAUCUAACCCUGACGGCUGUCUCAGCAGAGUCGACAAGCGAGACAGAAGGCCAAGCACAGUGCACCAAAGCUGCCUUUGCACUGGAACUUGCCACCAGACUUACUGCUGUGGACAGCCAUCCCAUGAACAUGAUCCUGGGCUUUGGAGUAAAGUACCUCAGAGAACACUUUACACCUUGGAUUCAGUACCAGGGUGGCUGGGAGAAGGCUCUAACUUUGCUGGAUCAGGAAGAAAUUGAAUAAUCAUGCAAUCAUUCUUCAGGGUGCAUAAAGACUUCAGUGAAGGAAUAUGCUGGAUCUUACCACGACCCAAUGCGAUAAUGAUUACUGGCUAUUUAUUUUUAUUCCCAAGGAAGGUUGCAUUGUUGCUUGG